GGGGAGAUGGGCUUUCGGGCUGAAGCCCCCUCCAAAAUGGUAAAAUAUAACCAUGUUUUAUGAAAAUAAUGAUCUCUAUAAGUAUUAUUGUUGGUCUAAUUACAUUUAAUAGGACUUCAAGAAUCACUUAAACACCAUUUCAUAUAGGUACUUAGUUUCUUAUUUACGUCCAAAGUAAUUAUCGUAGUACAUACCUACAAAAAAAAAAAAUCUUUCGUUCUGAAAUCCCCCCAAAAUUAAAUCCUGGAUCCGUUAGUGGUUGAAAAGAAUAAAAUAGUGAAAUUUUUUCUGAUUGUUUAAUAAUCAUUUAAAUGUUUCUCUAUUUUUGUUUAUUUUCAGACAAUAAAUUUGCAAUGGAUUGGUUUUUUGGAAAAGAACCUACCCUAAAAGAACAACAAAGAAAUAACGACAAGUUAUUGAGGACCACAGAUAGAGAAGUUGAUAGAGACAGAAGGCAUCUGGAAAGAGAAGAAAAACAACUGAUACUUGAGAUUAAGAAGAAUGUCAAAGAGGGUAAUCAGCAAGCCUGUAAAGUAUUGGCUAAGCAACUGGUGCAAAUAAGAAAACAGAAAAACAGGACCUUUGACAUUAAAUCCAAAAUUUCCGGUGUUCGCUCUCAAAACAGAAUGAUUGGAACCAAUGCUAAACUUACUGAAGCAAUGUCCACAACUGCUAAAACAAUGAAGAAUAUUAAUCAGGUUCUUAGACCUGAACAGGUGGCGGCUACUGCUAAUUCUUUCAGGGAAGCCUCAAUGAAAAUGGAUAUGACUGAUGAAAUGAUUAAUGAGUCAUUAGAUGAUAUUCUCAAUGACUCUGAUGAUGAAAAAGAAUCGGAUGCAAUUGUAAGCCAGGUCCUUGAUGAAAUUGGAAUUGAAAUAUCUGGAAAGAUGGCAGCAGCGCCUCGAGCUGAUCAUAGAGUUGGGCCUACUAAAUCCAGUCUUCCAUCUGAUGAAGAAUUAGAAUUGCAAUUAGCGAAAUUGAAAUCUUAA